AUGGUAAAACGCUUCUCGUAUGCUGAGAAAGGGAAAAGGAUUGCAACUUCUGAAGAUCUCUUACCACCCCGACUUCGUAUCCGCGCUCCACCUAUGGACAACGCAGAUCUAAUCCGUAAGAAUGCUCUAACCCUCAUCGGCCGGCUCACGAACCCUCAAGAGCAGCGAAUGAGAACGAUGAUCCCAUACUUCGCCAACAAGUGGGAACUUCGUGGUAACGUUACUGGCUCAGACCUUGGAGACGGAUGCUUCCAGUUCCGCUUUGAUUACGAGAAUGACCUUAAGAAAGUCUUGGAGAAUCGACCGUACCAAGGCAUACCACUACACUACUGGAAACAAGAACUCCUCAGUGAUAUCGGUAGGAAGAUAGGCUCUCUCAUAUCCUACGAACUAACAGCAACGGCAGCUAAGAUAAAGGUAGAGAUGGAUGGACUGAGAUCCAUUACCAAGGAAGCUGUAGUCGAAUUUGAAGGAGGGUUUGAAGCCCUUACCCCAACCCUCUCCAACAACAGAAGGACCCCUGCACUCCUCGAAAGCAAACCACCUCAAACCCCGUUCUUCAACAGACCCCAAGAGGAAACCACACAACGCCACCAAGUUGACCUUGGAUCUGAGAAAACCAAAGAUGACCGCUACUCUCAAAGACGCCCUCCGAGAAGUCGUAACCCUUCUAGCCCCCGACACAUCACCACGCAGAGAAAGUCCACACCACGCAACAGCCCCAACCGACCUAACCUCUCCCCAUACUCCCAAAGGAACCGAGACCACCAGUUAGCGAGGGGCCACCGGGACCACAGCCGCCGCCUUCCACGACCUGAAACAGAGGAAAUAAGAUCCAAAUCAACAGCACGAUCCUCCCCACAGGACACCCGGAACAACAACCAGGCGCAUAGACAUUCGCCACCUUACCAAGUCUGGAGAGAGAAGAACCGGCAACAAACUGAGGUCUCGGGAGACAACUUCCAUACAAGCCGGCAGCGCCAAACUCCUCUAGGAAGAAACCUGGCCCGUGAUGACUUCUCAACACCAUCACAAAGAACCCAAGUGCCAACUAGCUCGCCACAAAGGCUUCAAACACCAGAGGAGAUCAGACAAGACCUACAAGAUGUAACGAUACGAUACAUAAACUGUGGAAAUGAAGCAGAAAGUGCAGCACGAAGACAACGUGCCCUAGAAAGUGACAACAAUGGGCUACUAGAAGAGACGGUUAAUUACCUCUACAAUGCGCCCUCCAACCAUGUCCACCAAGAACCUUCAGCAGCUCUAACAAAUUGCCCACCAACAUCCCUUCCAGAGAGGAUCCCAAACCCUCCAAUGGAGGAACCUGAAAGAGAAGAUCGCAUAGGAUCAGCUGAACGAGGCCUCACUCUUAACCAACCAAAGAAACCAAGAGGACGACCUCCAACAAAGGGCCCCGGGAAGAAUCAGAAACAAUCCUCGGCAGGACCUAGCAGGAGAAAGACAAAAAACCAAAUGAAAUCGCCUCUACUGAGAAUUUCCCCUUUCUCAAGACUGAUCCAAAAUAGAGCUAGAGCCGUACCCCAAAACCGAGACCCGGAACAAAGCAGAGAAGAGUCAAUGCGUCAAGUGGAAGGUCUCCCACCAAGGAAAAGGAAUGUACCAGCGAAACUAAAGGAAGGGUCGGGUUUUCACGCCCCGGCAAAUCCUCUUCCUUAG